CCCGCGCCCCCUCUUUCUUUUGAAAAGAGUUCCUUCAGAAGCACCUGCAGAAUCCCUCCCUCACUCUCACUGUGUGUCUGUGUGUAACUUAGGUGGCCUCUCCUAUGGCCAUUUAUUUACACUCAUCAUAUUUGCAAUCCCUUUAACUCAUUUUCUUAAUUUCUCAUGCUUUUACUUUCUUCUUGUUGUUGUUCUUUCAUGGCUGCUUUUCUACUUCUUUUUCUUGUUUUUCUCUCUACAUUGUGCUCUGCUCAGCAAAACCCACAAACCCUUUCGGAAGUUCAAGCUCUUACUUCAUUCAAACUCAGAAUUCAUGAUCCACUUACUGCACUUUCCGACUGGGAUUCUUCUUCACCUUUUGCUCCUUGUGAUUGGCGCGGAGUUUUCUGCGUUAAUGGCAAAGUUUCUGAACUUCGUCUCCCUCAUUUGCAACUCACUGGACCACUCACUAACCAAAUUGGUAACCUACGCAUGCUGCGCAAGUUAAGCCUACGUUCUAAUUCCUUUAACGGGACUGUUCCUGCUUCCUUAUCGAAAUGUACCCUUCUGCAUUCCGUUUUUCUACAGGGAAAUGCGUUUUCCGGUAAACUUCCGGUGGAGAUAUUUAAUCUUACUGAUUUGCAAGUCUUUAAUGUUGCUGGAAAUCAGUUGUCCGGUGAAAUACCCGGAGAGGUUCCUCGGAGUUUGCGAUACUUUGAUCUUUCGUCAAACUUGUUUACAGGAGAUAUUCCAAGGUACUUGUCGGAUUUGUCUCAGUUGCUUUUGAUUAAUCUUUCUUACAAUCGUUUUUCCGGCGAAAUUCCGGCGAGCAUUGGUCGGCUUCAGCAGCUUCAGUAUCUUUGGCUCGCGUAUAAUGACUUGGUUGGAACUUUGCCUUCGGCAAUUGCUAACUGUUCGUCGUUGGUUCAUUUGAGUGCUGAAGGAAAUGCUAUUAGAGGUGUUAUUCCAGCGGCAAUUGCUGCUUUACCAAAGCUUCAGGUGAUAUCUUUAUCACAUAAUAAUCUGUCUGGUUCUUUGCCAGCUUCAUUGUUCUGCAAUGUUUCGAUUUAUCCUCCUUCCCUUAGGAUUGUUCAGCUGGGUUUCAAUGGGUUUACGGAUAUUGUUAAGCAAGAGUCAGCUAAAUGUUUUAGUUCCUUGCAAAUUUUGGAUCUUCAACACAACCAAAUACAUGGUGAGUUUCCUUUGAUUUUGACGAACAAUUCUGCAUUGACGUCGUUGGACGUAUCGUGGAAUUUGUUCUCUGGGAAAAUCCCAAGUGCCAUUGGGAACUUGUGGAGAUUGGAGUUACUGAGAAUGGGAAACAAUUCAUUUGAAGCUGGUCUCCCGUUUGAGAUUACGAACUGUAGCAGCUUGAAGGUUCUUGAUCUUGAAGGGAAUCGAAUGACGGGGAAAAUUCCAAUGUUUUUAGGUUAUCUUAGAAGCUUGAAGACAUUAUCACUGGGAAGAAAUCAGUUUUCGGGUUCCAUUCCUUCUAGUUUUAGAAAUUUGACUAAUCUCGAAAAUCUGAACUUGGGAGGAAAUGGUCUCAACGGAAGUUUGCCCGAGGAAGUAAUGAGUCUGAGCAAUUUAAGCAUAUUGAAUCUCAGUGGAAACAAGUUUUCUGGUAGUAUGCCAAUUGGUAUUGGGAACCUUCAGCAGCUCUCGGUUCUGAAUCUGAGUAAAAAUGGCUUUUCAGGCACUAUUCCUUCUAGCAUUGGGACGUUGUAUAAGCUAACGGUUGUUGAUUUGAGUGGACAGAAUUUCUCAGGGGAAAUACCAUUUGAUCUUGCUGGUUUGCCUAAUUUACAGGUUAUAUCUUUGCAAGAAAACAAGUUGUCUGGUAAUGUUCCUGAAGGUUUCAGUAGCUUGUUGGGUAUGCAAUAUUUGAAUCUUUCUUCCAAUUCCCUUUCUGGCCAUAUACCAUCUACAUUUGGGUUCUUGACCUCAUUAGUUGUACUUUCUUUGUCUAACAACCACAUAAAUGGUUCAAUUCCUCCUGAUUUGGCCAACUGCUCUGCUCUGGAGGACUUAGAUCUGCACUCAAAUUCAUUGAGUGGCCAAAUACCUGCUGAUCUAGGACGUCUCUCCCUCUUGAGUGUGCUGGAUUUGGGUAGAAACAAUUUAACGGGUGAAGUCCCGAUAGAUAUUUCCAAUUGUUCAUCCCUGACAUCACUCGUGUUAGACUUGAACCAUCUUUCCGGGAACAUACCGGAGUCGCUAUCCAGGUUAUCAAACUUAACUGUCCUUGACCUCUCUACUAACAACUUCAGUGGAGAAAUUCCAGCUAAUCUAACCAUGCUCUCUAGCUUGGUGAGUUUCAAUGUGUCAAACAAUAAUUUGGUCGGCCAGACUCCAGUGAUGUUGGGCUCCCGUUUUAACAACUCAUUGGAUUAUGCUGGCAACCAGGGUUUGUGUGGGGAGCCAUUGGAAAGAUGUGAGACAUCUGGUAAUGGUGGGAAUAAAUUGAUUAUGUUCAUUGCGGUGGCUGCCAGUGGAGCUCUUCUUCUUUUAUCGUGUUGCUGCUUAUAUACUUACAACCUCCUGAGGUGGCGCAGGAAGCUCAAAGAGAAGGCAGCUGGAGAAAAAAAACACAGUCCUGCACGGGCUAGUUCAAGGACCAGUGGUGGUCGUGGCAGUGGCGAGAAUGGUGGACCCAAACUUGUUAUGUUCAAUAACAAAAUCACACUCGUUGAAACAAUUGAGGCAACUAGAGAAUUUGACGAGGAACAUGUGCUAAGCAGAACACAUUAUGGAGUGGUCUACAAGGCCUUUUACAACGAUGGAAUGGUGCUCUCGAUUCGUAGACUUUCAGAUGGUCUAAGUGAGAACAUGUUCAGAAAAGAGGCAGAAUCACUUGGCAAGGUGAAGCACAGGAACUUAACAGUUCUACGUGGGUACUAUGCUGGUCCGCCUAACCUCAGACUACUUGUCUAUGAUUACAUGCCUAACUGUAACCUUGCAACACUGCUCCAAGAAGCGUCCCACCAAGAUGGUCAUGUUCUCAACUGGCCAAUGCACCACCUCAUUGCACUUGGCAUUGCUCGAGGCCUGGCUUUCCUUCACUCGUCCUCAAUGGUUCACGGAGAUAUUAAGCUGCAGAAUGUACUAUUCGAUGCAGACUUUGAAGCUCAUCUUUCAGAAUUUGGCCUAGGCAAGCUUGUAGUAGCCACACCAACUGAGCCCUCCACAUCAACUUCAGUUGGUACGCUAGGCUAUAUAUCCCCAGAAGCAGCAUUAACUGGAGAAACCAAAAGAGAAUCAGAUGCUUAUAGCUUUGGCAUUGUGUUGCUGGAAUUACUAACAGGAAAAAGGCCACUAAUGUUCACACAAGAUGAGGACAUAGUGAAAUGGGUGAAGAGGCAAUUGCAGAGAGGGCAAAUUUCAGAACUAUUAGAGCCAGGAUUGCUUGAACUCGACCCCGAAUCAUCAGAAUGGGAAGAGUUCUUGCUAGGAAUUAAAGUAGGCUUGCUAUGCACAGCACCUGACCCACUCGAUCGACCCACCAUGGCUGACAUUGUGUUCAUGCUUGAAGGUUGCCGUGUGGGCCCUGAUAUCGCGUCUUCAGCCGACCCCACAUGCCAACCUUCACCCGCCUGAAUCCCCGAGGUUCAUUCUAAUCCUUUUUCCUUUUUUAUUGUUAGCUUUGUAUAAGUUGUGAGAUUGAAUUACCAACGCAAUGCAAUGCAACUGUAGCUAGGACUAGCAGUUCAAUUUCCA